GAAGUCAAAUUUCUACGAACCAACAGUCGAAUGAAAAUAAUACUCAACGAUAAAUCGUAGACAACGAAAUGAACUAGUCGAAUACGCCCAAUGGUUUGGUAGAAAAUGUCUCACGAACAGAUGAAGUCUUCUCUGUUAGCGUUACUCCAAAUAGUUGAUUCUGGAUUUCCCACAGGUAGUUUUUCCCAUAGCCUAGGAUAUGAAUCAGCAGUGAAGCACCAACACAUCAAAACAAUGGCACAAUUCAAAGAGUUUGUCAUCACUGUGUUAGAAAAUAUUGGCUCUUCAUAUCUGCCACUGCUCUGCAAAGCCUACAAGAAAUCUGAAGAUGUUGAUGAAAUAAUAGCCCUUGACGCAUACAAUGAAGCAUGCCUGAGUAACCAUAUAGCAAACAGGGCAAGUGUGCAACAGGGAAAGUCACUGAUAGCAACGGCUAGUGAAACUUUCAGUGAUGAAAGGUUAUUAACAUUGAAGAAACAUAUUCAAUCCGAGAAGUUGAAAGGUCAUCAGGCUGUGAUGUUUGGUUGUUUGUGCUCAUACCUCCACAUAAGCCUGGAGGAAGCUCUCAGUGCAUUCCUCUUCAGUUCUCUGCGGACAAUCAUAGCAAGUUCAGUUCGUCUUGGUAACAUGGGACCUCUUGAG